UGGGGGGACCCAUGGGGGCUGGUAUGGGGGGCAUGGGCGGAAGCAUUGGCGGAGGAGGCAUGGGCGGAGGGAGCAUGGGCGGAAGCAUGGGGAUGGGGAUGGGAAUGGGCAUGGGGCAUAUGGGCAUGGGGAUGGGGAAUAUGGGGGGCGCAGGCGGAAUGGGAGGCAUGGGGGGGAUGGGCGGAAUGGGGAGCAUGGGAAUGGGGAGCAUGGGUGGAGGCAUGGGGGGAGGCAUGGGGGGAGGCAUGGGGGGAGGCAUGGGCGGAAGCAUGGAUAUGGUGGCCGGGGGAGGCGGACGAGGCAUGCCUAUGGGCGGAGGGGGAGGUCCGCCUAUGGGCGCGGGGCGACCCCCUAUGGGCGGAGACAGCAUGCCCAUGGGCGGAGGCGGAAUGGGCGGAGGGGGGAUGGGCGGAGGCCCAGGAAUGCAGAUGGGGGGAGGUGCAGGCGGAAUGGGGGGGCGUGGGAUGCGCAUGGGUCCGCCUGCGGGAAUGCCCAUGGGCGGAGGGGGGGCGGGGGCAGGGCCAGGAGGAGGGGGAGCAGGAGGGGGAGGCGGAAGCGGAGGGGGAGGGGAUGCCCGUCAAAUGGGCGCCGGAGGUGCUGGGGGCCCGCCCAUGGGCGGAGGAAUGGGGGGAGGAAUGGGCAUGGGGGGAGGCAUGGGCGGAGCCAUGGGGGGAGGAAUGGGCGGAAGACUGGGCGGAGGCAUGGGGGGAAGGGGGGGCAUGGUGACCCCGGGGGGGCGCAUGGGGUAUGUGGCAACGCGGGGCAAGUCAAGGGGCGCACAGAACGACUACUCCCAACACUUUGUAGACACGGGAUUCAGGCCCCAGAACUUCAUACGCGAUAUGGACGUCUCUGAUAGGUUUGAGGAGUACCCGAAGCUGAAGGAGCUUAUAACGAGGAAGGAUAGGAUCGUUGCGGAUGCGACUACACCACCUGUGUACCUUCAGAUGGACCUUAAACAGGUUGAACUAACCCCCGACAUAUUCGGCACCAAGUUCGACGUUAUCUUAAUUGACCCACCAUGGGAGGAGUAUGUGCGGCGGGCGCCAGGGAUGGGCGAUGAGAUCGAAUGGUGGACGCCCCAGGAAAUCAUGGCUCUGAGAAUCGAGGCCAUAGCCGACACGCCCUCCUUUGUCUUCCUGUGGGUGGGGGAUGCGGAGGGGCUGGAGUAUGGCCGCAUGUGCCUCAAGAAGUGGGGCUUUCGCCGUUGCGAGGACAUCUGCUGGGUGAAGACCAACCGGGAGAAGCCAGAUAGCCCCUGGGGGCACACGUCAGAGACCCUGUUCCAGCACUCCAAGGAGCACUGCCUGAUGGGCAUCAGGGGCACGGUGAGGCGGAGCACAGACGGCCACGUGAUUCACGCUAACAUUGACACGGAUGUGCUUAUAUCGGAACAGCCACCUUUUGGAAGCACGGAGAAACCUGAGGAGCUCUACUCCCUCAUCGAGCACUUCGCUCUCGGGCGGCGACGAAUCGAAUUGUUUGGCGCUGACCACAAUAUCCGGGCAGGCUGGCUGACCGUGGGGAAAUCUCUCACCUCCUCAAACUUCAACCCUCAGUCCUACUGUAAGCUCUUUGCCGGACCUGACGGCAAGGUUUGGCAAGGCACGGGCCGAGGCAACCCCCCGCCUGGAGCGCCGCACCUGCUGGUUACCACCCCUGAGAUCGAGGCUCUGCGGCCCAAGUCUCCCCCGAACCGCCAGCAGCACGGGAACCAGCCCCAAGCCCCCAUCCAACCGCCGAAUCAAUUUCAACCACCCGGUAAUCUGGGGAAUAACCCUAAUUUUGGCCAAAUGGGAGGUCCUGGGGGUCAUUCUGGGCCUGGGAUGGGCGCUAGUGGGCUGAGUGGGGGUGCUUUUGGUGCUGGAUCGGGCCCAGGUCAAGCUAAUGACGGUCAGGGGGGAGGGGUUGGGAAAAGAACACCUCCCCUCCCACCUAAUUUUCAUCAAUGAGAUUUUGUCUGUUUUGUUGAAAAUUCCCGUUUACUUUGUGCUGGUUGGAAGUACACUACCUAACCAGAUU